CUGACUUUAUUGUCAAAAAGGAAAUUUCAAUGUGUCGUGAUUUUUUCCCAAGAGCUUCAAUAAGGCAAUUCUUUUUCUAAUUAAUUCAGAGCUUUGGUGUUGUUUUUUUGAUCAUUUGCACAAGUUAACAUCAUCCCCAUAAACCCACCGUAACUGUUAUUGAAUGUGAAAUAUCAUAACACUCUAUGUUUGGCCGAAAUCUAGAUCUCAAUGAUGAAGAGUUUGUGUUUCUCAUUGAUCGGGAUAUUAGAGAAUUUUCCGAACAACUAAAUCACGGCAAAAGAGUGUUGAUCUUCCCACCGGUGAACAACUUUCGACGCUUCCUGAUACACAAAACAUGCGAAGAAUUGGCGACACUUUACAAUAUUGCCACUUUCUCAAUAGGUCAAGGUCACGAGAGACGCACUGUUGUCUGCUCCAAGAGUCAAUUAAUCAAUAGAGAAUCUCUGCUGGAGUCACAAUCCAAUUUAAAUUGUGAAAGUGUUUCAGGCAACAAGAGCAAAUUGGAAAAAGACACACUGAACGCUCGAAAUCACGACUGGGACGCAUUCCGGAAAAAGAAGCCGAAAAGUGAUACGAAAUCGUGGAGAAUGGGAGUUGAAUCAAAUCGAUCAAAUGUGCCACCAUUGCAACGUACAAGAACAACCACGAGUUCCACGAGCACGAGCAAUGGGGGAAAUGUUAGUGGUGGAGGAGGAGGAGGAGGUGGCGGAGUGGAAUUGUAUCGACCCCCACCGCUCAGGAAAGCCAUGCUGCAGCAGACCCCCAGCGAGGAGGAAUGCGGAGACAAAAACACUCCAGAGGAGUCUAUAGUUGCAGCCAGACGCGUCAGUGGCCAUAGCAAAGGUGCUACUGCGGGUGACAGAGGUAGCACAGGAAAUCAAGUGCCACAGAAAAGUGAUCAAUCUCACACCAAGAAUCCAGACACAAGUGCAAUUGUUAAUCAAAACAGGUCAACAAUAGCAACACCAAGGCAGAGAGAAAGACGUCCAGAUCGUGCUGUUUACAUUCCACGAGCCCGACGAAGUCAAACAACACCACCAUCAACAUCUUCAUGUGCAAAUCAACCAGCAACAAUAUCAGAACCACCAUUGACGAAUGUUUCGCCAUCAUCAAAGCAACUGUCACAACAAUCGUGUAAUAAAUCUGUGAUUUCGCCACAAUCACCAACAGAAACAACCAUCAGCAAUAUCAGCAAAGAGAACUGUGAUGCAAUACAGCAAGUGGGCUGCAGCAAUCCCACAAACAACACAUGUUCUCCAGCAUCAAAGGAGCAAAGUGAUAAAAGUGAUCACGAGGACAAUUAUCUGUGCGAUGGUGAAAGAUGUGUAAAUGAUGAAGAAGAGAUAAAUAACCCAACUGCAACAGACUGUGAUUCGGUACCAAAAACCCAAAAAGAAGAAGUGAUAGUGAAUUGUGUGUCUGAUGAAAUAAUUUCCGAGACAGAUGCUAAGCAAGAAAAUACGACAAUCACUGAAAACAACGAAGUCAAUAUGAGUAGAAAGAGUAAAGUGGUGAUGGAUAAAAGUGGUGAUAAGAGUCAAGGUGGAAAGAAAAGUCUGAGAAUUGAAGAUGAUUUGGUUAAUGGAAGUGUUGUGGAGACCAAGGAAGACAAGGAAGAACGAGAAUUUCGAAGAGCUUCCCAGGAAAUCAACAGGAGCAAUCGAAGGAUAAUCAAGCAAACGUUCAAUUCUUCGGUCUUGGAGAUUUCUGAUCCUCAGCAGAAGAAUGAGGAAAAAACCAAUGAAGAUGGCGAAAGUCAAAAGAAACGAGUUAUUGAUCCGGAAAAUGAUGAUUGGGACACAAUGUUUGAUGACAAUGGUGAUUGCCUGGAUCCCAAUUUGCUCAAAGAGUUGACCACAGCAGUUGGAAAAGUGAAAAUUGAUCAACCCAAGACAGACUAUAGACUCUACCAGAGCAAACAGGAUCUUCUCAGUGAAGAAGAAUUCCCACAUGUGCUGGAAGUGUCCAAUUUCCCAGUCGAAUUUAAAACACAAGACUUAAUAAUGAUCUUUUCGGCGUACAAGGAGUCGGGAUUUGAGAUUAAAUGGGUGGAUGAUACUCAUGCACUGGCUGUGUUCAGCAGUUCAAAGAUCGCGGCUGAAAUUCUUGCCACGAGCCAUCCAUUUGUCUGCCUAAAGCCAUUGGCCGAAGCCACAGCGGAAUCCCGUAGCAAAGCGAAAAAGUGCUCAAAUUCUCUGCAACCCUAUCGUGCACGUCCGGAGACUUGUGCAGCACUCGCUCGUCGUUUGGUCACGGGAGCCCUGGGGGUUCGACUCAAGACAACACGAGAGGAGUUGGAGAACGAACGCAGAGUUCUACGUGCUGCCAAAGAACGUAAACUUUUGGCAGCAAAACAACGAGACGAAGUUUGGGAUAGUUAAGGACAAUACGUUUAUAAUAUUUUCCACAAGCAACUUUCAAAGAUCGUGAAAGGAAAUCUAAUACAAAGAACAGAGGAAAAAUGACAAAUUGCCAUAUGCACCAAUUAACUUUUUUUUUCUAAAGAGAUAAAGGAGGAACAAGAAGUGUUCAAGUGCAAAGAAAUUGAUCUCAUGUGGAUGUUUUUAAUCCACAUCAAUCAAUGGAGAGAAUGUCUUAAUUGAGACACAUGUACGGAAAGCAAUUUUGUCUUGUGUCUUCUUAUCAGUGUUUAUCGUAACAUAAUCAUCACAGGAAUGAAAUUAAGUUCUUGUUAAUUUAACAGGACAACUCUAUUUGAAUCAACCUAUAUUGAUAUUACAAAGCAAACUUCAAAUUUUAAAAUUUUAGAGGUAGUGCAGUGAGUGCAAUUAAAAAAAUCAAAAUAGUUCUUUUAUUACAAGUAUUUUAUGAAGUGUAAAUAAGAAACUAUAGCACCUUCCUGGCGAAGAAAAUAUUAAAAAUUAUUUUAAAAUCUCUGAAAAAUAUCAAUGAUUUCAAAAAUUUUACACACAUCAAUACAAUGGCUUUUAAACCAUUUUAAAACGCGCCACUGAAUACCUCAAUUUUCUUUACAAAGCAUUAUAAUCUCUUAGUAAAUAAACUCAUUGCAAAGAGACCCAGUGAAAAAAAAGAAAUAAAAAAACAAUUAUAGUUUAUGAAUAACUGUAUACCUGAUCAUAAGAAAAAAAUGUCUAGGGAGAGAUGCUUUGUGGCAAUAUUAAAAAAAAAUAAUAUGUGUCGUAGAAUAAAUUGAUUUAGUGAAUAUUCAUUUAUUUUACAAAAAUGUAAUAAUCAAAUUUGAUAAAAUUUACCGAAAUGUGAAACUGAAUAAAAAAAAUAUAUUUUACCAAUAUUUUUUUUGGAAGAAGUAAGACAGAGAGAUAAAAAAUGAAAUGCAGAUAUGCAUUAUAUUUAUAUGAUAAAGUGAGAAAGAAAAUAAAUGAAGGUAAAUCAACAA